AUGUCAACAGACAAAAGCUACCACCUUUCCAAGUCCAAUCAGGACUUGCCUCAUAUGAAUUUCCGUUCCUUUGUCGAAGCACUCAAAGAGGAUGGCGACUUGAUUGAACUCAAUGAAGAGAUCGACCCUCAUCUCGAGGCGGGGGCUAUCAUUCGCAAAGUUUGCGAAACCAACGACAAAGCUCCGCUCUUCAAUAACAUGAAGGGCGCGAAAGAUGGACUCUGGCGUCUUCUUGGAGCUCCAGCCUCCCUACGCCGCAAUCCCGAAGAAAAAUAUGGCCGCAUUGCUCGCCAUCUCGCACUCCCGCCCACGGCGUCUAUGAAGGAUAUCCUCGAUAAAAUGUUAUCUGCCGCUCACGUCGAGCCCAUCCCUCCAAACGUUGUGGAGGACGGACCAGUCAAGGAGAACAAGCUCUUCGGUGAUGAUUUCGACCUCGAUUCUCUUCCCGCGCCAUGGCUCCACCAAGCAGACGGUGGAAAGUACGUCCAGACAUACGGCAUGCACAUUGUGCAAUCACCAGACAAGUCAUGGACUAAUUGGUCCAUAGCUCGGGCCAUGGUGCAUGACAAAAACCAUCUCACUGGUCUAGUUAUCGAACCGCAACACAUAUGGCAGAUUCAUCAAAUGUGGAAGAAAGAGGGGAAAGACGUACCGUGGGCACUUGCUUUCGGCGUCCCACCUGCUGCAAUCAUGGCCUCUUCCAUGCCCAUUCCCGACGGUGUCACCGAAGCAGGCUACAUUGGUGCCAUGACCGGCAACGCGCUGGAUGUCGUGAAAUGUGAGACGAACGAUCUCUACGUACCUGCUAACGCCGAGAUCGUGUUUGAGGGCACGCUUUCCAUUACCGAGACCGGGCCUGAAGGGCCAUUUGGCGAAAUGCACGGAUACGUUUUCCCUGGAGAUACUCACCCGUGGCCGAAGUACAAGGUGAAUGCCAUCACCUACCGGAACGGAGCUAUCAUGCCAGUCUCGAACUGUGGGCGCAUCACCGACGAGACACAUACCUUGAUCGGCUCCCUUGCCGCCGCAGAAAUCCGUCGAGUGUGCCAAGACGCCGGACUUCCAAUCACAGAUGCUUUCGCGCCGUUCGAGACGCAGGUAACGUGGGUUGCGCUCAAAGUGGACAUCCAGAAGCUCAAGACUAUGAACAUCACGCCCGAGGAUUUCCGCAAAAAGGUGGGGGACUUGGUAUUUGCCCAUAAAGCGGGAUAUACGAUCCAUCGGCUCGUACUUGUUGGAAAUGAUAUUGAUGUGUAUGAGUGGAAAGACAUCAUGUUUGCCUUCAGCACUCGAUGCCGACCGAAUAAGGACGAGACGUUCUUUGAGGAGUGCAGAGGUUUUCCGUUGAUUCCAUAUAUGAGUCAUGGUACUGGAAGCCCGGUGAAGGGUGGGAAGGUCGUGAGUGACGCGCUGAUGCCGAGCGAAUAUAAGGGUGAGCAGGAUUGGCAGCAAGCUAGUUUCAAGCACUCGUACCCCGAGAAGCUGCAAGAGAGUGUUAAUGCCAGGUGGUCGAAAACUUGGGGAUUUUCAGCGGAAAAGUAG